AAUUUCAUAUAUAUUAAUUCAUGGUGUUCUCAAGUUUCAACGCUAAUGGUGGCAUACCGAAUUCCAUUUUUUUUCUCCGUAGCAGUUCUGAACUGCGGCCACAUGCAUUUUCCACCAUUUUCGCUUCCACACUAACCAAACGCCAUUGAUGUCUCUCUGUCUUUUUCCCUGAGCUAUCUUUCAAUCUGUCGUUUCCACUUGUACAUGAUAGCUGAUAGUAGCAGAGCAAGAUUCUUCAUUUUCAGAGCUGCCACUGCUUUCUGCAGCUCAGUUGUGAUUCUUGGAGCUGAUUAUUGGUGGGUUUUCAUUUAUUCACAUUUUCACCGGAGAUUAAGGAUUUUCUUGGGUUUAGUGCUGUCUGGUAAUUCAUUUUCAGAUGAAGGGGGCUGUUAGUGUUAAUUGAGGUGAUUUAGCAUUAACUCAGAGAAGGAAAGAAUGGGCUCCGGCUUGGCAUUCUUGUCGAUUUUGUUCUGUGGAGGUGUUUUCUGGUUAGCAGUAGGUGAACCCACAGAAGAUAAACACGCCCUUCUUGAUUUCAUCAAUAAUAUACACCAUUCGAGGCGGCUGAAUUGGGAGUAUCAGACCUCGGCUUGCACUGGCUGGGUUGGUGUCACUUGUAAUCAUCAUAAGUCUAGAGUUACAGCAGUUAGACUGCCUGGAUUUGGGUUCGCUGGAUCGAUUCCUUCCAACACCCUAAGCCGGUUAUUAGAGCUUCAGGUAUUGGAUUUGAGAACCAAUAAUCUUAGUGGUCUUUUUCCUUCUGAUUUUUCAAAGCUUCAUCAUUUGACAGCUCUCGAUUUGCAAUACAAUGACUUUCGUGGUCCUCUGCCGUUUGAUUUUUCUGCAUGGAAAAACCUCUCCUCCUUAAAUUUGUCAAACAAUAAAUUUAACGGGAGUAUACCUUCCUCGCUUUCAAACUUGACUCAGCUGACGACUUUGAGUCUUGCAAACAACUCGCUGUCAGGUAGUAUUCCCGAUCUCAAUCUCAGCCUGCGGGUACUAGAUCUAUCCAACAAUAACCUCACCGGAAUUGUGCCUCAGUCUCUUCGUAGAUUCCAUGGUUCAGCUUUUUCUGGUAAUCAUCUUUCUCCAGUUCCUAUUUUUAUUUCUCCCAGUGCUUCACCAAAACAUAAGUCCAGAAAGCUUAGUCAAUCUGCAAUGCUGGGAAUUGUGAUUGGAGGUUGUGCUUUGGGGUUUCUUGUAAUCGCGGUCCCGUUCAUUCUUUGCUAUUCAAAGAAAGAAGAUAAAAGUUUGGCCUCACCAAACUCGCUUAGAAAAAGUGGUUCUCUCGGGAAGGCAGCUUUUGGCAGUACGGAUGGAGGUGGUAACAUGGUAUUCUUUGAAGGCUGUCAUCUUGCCUUUGAUCUCGAAGAUUUGUUGAGAGCUUCUGCAGAGAUCCUAGGGAAAGGGGCAUCUGGGGUUGUGUAUAAGGCAGCUUUGGAGGAUGCAACCACGGUUGUGGUGAAGAGAUUGAAGGAAGUGAGUGUCGGGAGAAAAGAAUUCGAGCAACAUUUGGAGGUUGUCGGUAACAUUAGGCACGAGAAUGUGGCUCCUUUGCGGGCGUACUUCUACUCCAAGGAUGAAAAGCUCAUGGUGUACGAUUAUUACAGCCAGGGUAGUGUAUCAGCAAUGCUGCAUGAUAUCAGGCGUGAGAGGCGGUCUCCUUUAGAUUGGGAAACACGUGUGCAAAUUGCGGUCGGUGCAGCAAGAGGCAUUGCCUACAUCCACAGACAAAGCGGGGGGAGGCUUGUUCAUGGGAAUAUCAAAUCAUCGAACAUAUUCCUCAACUCCCAACACUACGGUUGUGUCUCUGAUCUCGGCCUGGCAACGCUAAUAGCUCCCAUGUCUGCCCCUCUCGCUCAAACUGCAGGGUACUGUCCCCCCGAGGUUACAGACACGAGGAAAGCCACCCAGGCAUCCGACGUCUACAGCUUUGGGGUCUUGCUGCUCGAACUCCUAACGGGAAAAUCCCCGAUGCAUGCCACAGGGGGGGACGAGUUUGUGCACAUAGUAAGAUGGGUGCACUCUGUGGUUCGCGAGGAGUGGACUGCGGAAGUGUUUGAUAUCGUGCUUUUGCGGUCUCCCAACAUCGAGGAAGAGAUGGUGGAGAUGCUGCAAAUCGGGAUGAACUGCGUAGCCAGAUUGCCGGAUCAGCGGCCGAGAAUGGCAGAAGUAGUGAAGAUGGUGGAGGGCAUUAGAAAGAUGAAUUCUGGAAAUCAGACAGAAAGCUCAACUCCAACUCUUCACACUCCUCCCAUACUUGAAAUAGGGUCUUCAUAUCCACAUUGAGUUUAUGUUUCAUACUGUGUAUAAACUUGUAAUUUUAUUUUCCACAAAUUUAAGAUCCUUCAGCUCAUC